UUGAGUUGAAGGCGGGAAAAUGGCGGAUACCUCGGGGCGUGGUGCUGGGAAACCUUCUGCAGGGGGUCCCAGUACUCCUAGCGGUGCUAAGAUGAGAGGAAGAAGAAUACAAGGUGGAAGAGUGGUUGAGUCCCGGUACUUGCAGUAUGAGAAGAAAACCACCAAAAAGGUAACAUACAAUCCUCCUGCAGCAGAUGCGUUAAAGGCCAGUGGGAAGAUGCUUGAAGGUGGAAGAAAACCCAACCCACUCCAGAAGAGCAAAGACAGCAGUGGAACUGGCAAAGGUGACCUGCAGUCGACCUUGCUGGAAGGGCAUGGCACUGCCCCACCUGACCUGGAUCUCUCGGCCAUUAAUGACAAAAGUGUGGUCCGAAAGACUCCACAGUUAGAAAAAACAAUGUCAAAGAAAGCCGAGUCAUCAUCAUUUUCUGCCUUGAGGAAAAAGAGCCCAGAUCUCUCCGAAGCGAUGGAAAUGAUGGAAUCCCAAACACUACUCCUGACUCUGCUGACCUUGAAGAUGGAAAGUGGUCUUGCUGCAUUCGAAGAAAAGGCAGAAAAGAAUUUAUUAAUAAUGUGCAAAGAGAAGGAGAGGCUCCAGAAAAAAGCUCACGAGCUGAAGCGCCAAUUUCUCCUCUGUCAGAGGAAGCGGGAGCUGGCAGACGUCCUGGAUGCGCAGAUCGAGAUGCUGAGCCCCUGUGAGGCCAUGGCCAGCUGCUUUAAGGAACGAUACAAGACAUUUGCGACGGCCCUGGACACCACGAGGCAUGAACUGCCCGUGAGAUCGGUCCACCUGGACGGAGACGGGCAGUGCUUCUUAGACAAGUUGCAGGGGGAAUUGACGACCACAUGCCAUCUGCUGGGAGAACUUGGCAUCAGCAGCUCAGAAGAAAACGCGAAGGCCUUGGACCUGCUGAGGGAACUAAAGGAAAUGACCCAAAAGAAGGAUCUGGAGCUCCAAAGGAGCUUUACCCAGGUUCUGGAACUCUCCGCCGAGGCGAGUAAAGAGGCAGCCUUAAUCAACCAGGAGGCCUGGGAAAAGGCCCAGGGCCCCAAGGCCACCAGCCAGUGGUAUUUCAAUCCUGAGGAGGCCACUGGUGGGGAAACUCAGGGAGAGCUAAGGAGCCUGCUCCUUUCGGGCCACGACGAGCCGUGAAUCCACAUGCAGGCUGUGUCCCUAACCGGAGUGGGGACCUUCCUGCACACCAUGGGGAAGGAAGCACGUCCUGUGCCCCUUGUUUGGGGUGGGGAGAGGGGGUGGACCUGCAGUGACCCACAUAUGAUGUUCUGGAAACUUGAGCACUUUAUACACUUAGCCUAGCCAUAUAGUUAUUGUUUUGUAUGAUAAUCCCGUUUGAUAAUUUAACAAAUAAAACUGUUUUGCAGUUGA